AAACUUUUAUCUGCAUCUGCAUGAGAACGCCUAACCAAAUAAUUUUACAGUGCGAACGAUGUCAUCCAUGAAGCUCAUUACAAAGCUCUCCACAUACCUUCUAGGCAAAACAAUAACCAACAAUGGCGUUAUGACCAGCCUAAGCACUAGAGGUUUUGUCAUUGUUCCCACAAGACCUAUGCAAUCGAAGAAGGAAGAUGACGAGGCAGAUGCAUGUGCAAAGACGAAAGAAGCAGCAGAUGCUGUCAAAGAUGGAGCCAAAGAAGUGAGACAAACAUGUGAGUUCAUGAGAGACACAGUGGAAACGACUGCCAAAUCCAUGAACAAAAUGGCAAAAGAGACAACAGAGAAAGUAACUGAAACAGCAGAAACCCUCACCAACAAAACAAAAGGCACCGUCUCAGGCGCAUGGGGAAUGGCCAAGAAUACUACGGAGAUUAUCAAAGACAAAGUAAUGGGCAAGUGAAAAAAAGAAGUAUGAAGAUUAGCAACAACUAAUAAAUCUAAUUUACAAAUUCUUAACAACUAUUCCAUCAUUUAAUGCGAGUUUCUUUACAUAGCAUUCUGAAAUUAAUAUUUCAAAGGAAAUGAAUUCUAUA